ACAGAGAUAGAGACGCCGAGGACACAGAGACACAUCGCGCCUGUCUGUCUGUCUGUGGGUCAGAGAACUGGAGGACAGGUGGGACGUGGACCGGAUCAGAGGAGGAUGUUUGAGGACCUAGAUGAAGCGUUCUGUGGUCUGGAGCCUGAAGUGUCUCCCGGGGGAGGGUUAUGUCGAAGGGGGCGCGUCCUUGAGGAAGAGGAAGGGGCGGAGUCCAGUCUGAGUGUGGGACAGUUCGUCCUCUGUCAUUGGUCAGACGGGCUCUACUACCUGGGCAAGAUACAGAGGGUGAGCCCCCCCAGGCAGAGCUGCUUCGUCACGUUUGAGGACAACUCCAAGUUCUGGGUCCUCUGGAAGGACAUCCAACAUGCUGGUGUGCCGGGGGAGGAGCCUCGCUGCUCCAUGUGUCGGGAGGCGGAGCCAAACCAUGACGACCAAUCAAAUCAAAACAACCAGAUCCUCAUCUGUGGGAAGUGUGGCAUCGGUUUCCAUCAGCAGUGUCAUGUUCCUCCUGUAGAGGGCAGUAACAGUCUCAGUCCCUGGUUCUGUAGACGUUGUGUCUUCGCUCUGGCUGUCAGGAAAGGGGGCGCUCUGAAGAAAGGUCCUAUAGCCAAAGCUCUGACAGCCAUGAAGCAGGUGUUGCUGUACGACCUGGACUCUCUGGACUGGGACUCCCAGCACCGGACCAAUCAGCAGCAGUGUUACUGUUACUGUGGAGGCCCUGGAGAGUGGUACCUGAAGAUGCUGCAGUGCUUCAGAUGUCAGCAGUGGUUCCAUGAAGCCUGUACCCAGUGUCUGCAGGAGUCCAUGAUGUUUGGAGACAGGUUCUACCUCUUCUUGUGCUCGGUGUGUAAUAAAGGAUCAGAGUACGUCCGGCGUCUCUCUCUCAGGUGGGUCGAUCUGGUUCACCUGGUUCUCUACAACCUGUCGGUCAGCAGCAAAAAGAAAUACUUCGAGCUGGACGAGAUCCUGGCCUUCGUCUCCGCAAACUGGGAACAUCUACAGCUAGGGAAGCUGUCAAACACUCCUCCAGCAGAGAGGGGGCAGCAUCUCCUGGAUGCUCUGAACAAAUACAAGAGCAAGUUUCUGUGUGGGAAGGAGAUCAAGAAGAGGAAGUGCAUCUUUCGCCUGAGGACCAGAGUCCCUCCCAACCCCCCCUCCAAGCUGUUCCCUGAGCGCACUCAGAAUGAUGGGGGGCGGGGCCGAAAGAAGGGCGUGGUCAGAAACAGUGUGUCAGCUGAGAGGAAGAGGAGGAAGUCCAAGUGGCUCCUAGAGGACGCCAUUCCUAACAAUGAGUACUCCUGCAGCUGGACCUCCAACCACCACAUGGCCAACAUCUUCGACUUCACCCUGGACGAGCUGCAGAGCCUCAAGAGUACUUCCAGUAGAACAGUCAGUAUUGAUCAGGACUCCACUGAUGCCUCCACCUCAGGUUCUGCCACGACCAGUGCCUCCUACCACUUCAGGAGGAGGGUGGGCAGCAGGAAGAGGAAGUUACCUAGCAACAGCUAUAGCCAGUGGGCCAAUCGCAGCGAGGCAGGGGAGGAGCUUGGUGGGGAGGAGCUUUCUGGGAUCCUGGAGGACCAAGAAGCUACUAACCACACUCACCUGUCAUCAGACUCCUCCCACUUCCUUUCUGACCCCUCCCAGCUCCCUUCUGACUCCUCCCACCUCCACUCCUCCAUCUCCUCGUAUUUCGGAGUGGCGGGCAGACUGACCAAUGGUGAGAGGUACCAGGUGUUGGCUCGACGCAUCACUCCUCAGGGGACGGUCCAGUACCUGCUGGAGUGGGAGGGAACAACACCAUAUUAGGACACUGGCAGAGAAACAGCUUUGAUUCCUUUUCCUCCAUUCACUCCACUCAGAGCUCAGUCUCCUUGAAAGUAGUGCACCUGACUGAUCACCUGAGCUGAUAUUCAUGUUACUUGGGCCAUGUUGAUUAUUUUAAAUACCAACAACCAUAAAAGUUAUUUAACAUUUUAUUUUAUUUUCAUAAAAAUGAAUUUAAACACAUUGAAAUUAACUUCCUGUUUUCAGCCCAGUCAGCCUCAGUCCCAACAAAUCCUGUUCUAUACAUGUCUGUCCAAACCUCAAUCAGGUCCCCUCAAACGUCCGUCACACUUCAAACCUCCAUCACACCUAUGUCCCCUUAAACCUCCGUCAGGUGGUUUUCAGGUGAGUUUGGAGGAAUCCGGUUUCAAAGCUGAUCAUGAUCCUGUAAAAACAGUAUUUAGUGAAAGCAAACAAAAUGUUGAACUACAGCCAAA